UAUUAAAACUCGCCGCAAAAACACCGAAGCCACAUUUUGAAGUGGUAGAGUAAUAUACAAGAAAAAGGAACCCACUUUCUCUCUUGGGUUCUCUGCGAUCUCUUUUUUCUGAAGCCAAACCAAAACCCUAGCUCCUAACCCUAGACCAAACCCGAAGAGCAAUGGCAUAUCAGCACCAAUCACCUAAUCACAACGGCGAAAACGACGACGGCCAAAAUCGCCGGCUCUAUAACCCUUACCAAGACCUACACGUUCCAAUUCAAACACUUUACAAGCUUCCAACUUCACCGGAGUUCCUUUUUCAGGAAGAAUCCGUCGCCCAGCGUCGAUCAUGGGGUGAAAAUUUGACCUACUACACUGGCAUCGGUUAUCUAGGCGGCGCCGUUGUUGGCGCCGGAAAAGGAUUUGUUGACGGCGUGAGAGCUUCGGAGCCAGGUGACACCAUGAAGCUUAAGAUCAAUAGAAUCUUAAACGGUUCGGGUCACACGGGACGGAAGUUUGGGAAUCGAGCCGGCGUUAUUGGGCUGCUUUAUGCUGGGAUGGAGAGUGGGAUGGUGGCUAUUAGGGAUACGGAUGACGUCAUCAACUGUGUGGUUGCUGGAUUAGGGACUGGAGCUUUCUACAGGGCGGCGGCGGGGCUGAGGUCGGCGGCCGUGGCUGGGGUUAUUGGUGGCGUGGUUGUUGGCUUGGGGGUCACUGGAAAACAGGCGUUAAAACGAUAUGUGCCGAUCUGAGGAAUUGGUGCUUUUGGGUUUGUCGACACUCAAUCUUUGGUAGCUGUUAUUUGUUUCUAAAAAUUUUGAUGAUACCUUUGAGAAAUGUGAUUCUCACACUGCGAAGUAAUGUAAUUUGGCAUGAAAGUUGCAUGCUUUUUAGUUAUAUUUAAACAUAUUUAUUGAAUAUAUAUGCUGAAAUUAGGUUUAGAGGAGACUUGCUCUCCAAUAAAGUUGACAAAACUAAAUCUUGAUAUGGUUAUUUCAUUACUUCUUUUUAUAUCGAUC